ACCUUGCGAUUGGUCUCGCUAGCUUUUUUCAGAAACCAGACCAAACUUCAAAAUUAGUAUUUCCAUCGUCAGAUCAGUUUUUGUCUUUUCAUUUCAUCUUAACCUGUAAACAGAAGUUGAAACGAUCCUUUGGUUUCUAUCUCCACGUUAAGUUCAUGUCUUUUUUAUAUUAAAAGAGUCAAUCGCUACUACUUUUCUUGUUCACAUCCAGACGGCACCCUCCAGUAUAUCAAAGGAAACUGUUUGAUGAGGGAAUGCAACAUAAAGCUAUAAAACAUUAGAAAGUGAUAGAGUAAAGAAAACAGUAAAAUAUAAUCCACACUUCAAAUAUUGAGGAUUUUCAGGGUACUAAUUCACCAAAAGUGAAAUACAAGAUUAGCACAAGCAAUUCAAGUUAUUGCAUCUAGUUGUAUAGUUAUGGAUGCAUGCAGCAAUGAUGUUUCAACAUCCAGCUUCAGGCACAAAAAGAAACCAACAUUCAGAAAUAGCAGAAGAAAUAAUGUGCAAGAUGGUAGUGAUACAGCUAAGCAGGUAGAGGAAGGUGGCCUGUCGAAUAGUGACGAUUUGAAUAAUUUGUCAACACUUAAUUUAUUAGGCAAAAGAGAAGAUGAAACAAUUCUUUUAUCAGACGAUGGUGAAACCAAACAUGCUUUACUUGCUAUUAGUGACAAGGAUAAUGGCCUCUCGGAAAGCUUGGCUGCUUUACCAAUAAGCGCACCAAAUAGCUUUUUGAAAAACAAACUUCUUGUUCUUGAUUUGAAUGGGUUGCUUGUGGACAUAGUUUCUUGCCCCCCGAAGGGCUAUAAAGCAGAUGUAAAAAUUAGGAGAAAAGCAAUAUUUAUGAGACCCUUUUGCCUUGAUUUUUUAAAGUUCUGCUUUGAGAGAUUUGAAGUGGGAGUUUGGUCUUCAAGAAUUAAGAAAAACUUUGAUGAUGUCAUUGAUUAUGUUAUGGGAGAUAUGAAGCAUAAGUUACUGUUUUGCUGGGAUCUUUCUCAUUGCACUUUGACACAGUUCAAUACUCUUGAGAACAAGCAUAAGCCCUUGGUUUUUAAGGAAUUGAGGAGAAUCUGGGAAAAAGAUGAUCCUGAACUUCCUUGGGAGAAAGGAUAUUAUAACGAGUCAAAUACAUUGUUAUUAGAUGAUUCACCUUACAAAGCAUUGCUUAAUCCUGCGAAUACUGCAGUUUUCCCUCAUUCAUACCACUGUCAGAAUAGGCAGGAUAAUGGAUUAGGCCAUGGGGGUGAUCUUAGAGUUUAUCUGGAAAGACUAGUUGAAGCGGAUAACGUACCGAAGUUUAUAGAGCAACAUCCAUUUGGCCAAAAUCCUAUCAAUGAAGGAAGUGUGUGUUGGGGCUUCUACCUCAAGGUUAUGAGCUCUUUGCAUCCUUUACCAACCACAAGAUAACUUCUCUUUCAUCUUAACUACAGAUAUGAUUUUGGUAGUUACUUAUGAAGUUGCCUUGAGCAUAUUGAAGAGAAAAGAUAAAGGAGGGCUGGAACAGCUCUUCAUCAAUGUUUCAAAUUGCUGAAUAUAUACCAUCACAUUUAUCGUUGCUGGUUUACUACGGUAUAUCAAAUAGUAACGAUGCAAUAGUCUGAAAAAACUUCUUCAGGUUUUAUCAUUUGAUUUAUUAUAUUUAGCCUUGUUGGAACAGCUCUCUUUUUUGGCUGAAAUUUUUCAUUGUUUGUCAAGCAUGAUAACUGUACAGUAAUUGGAUUCAUUAGUGAAUGACAGUCUUGACGACUUUUCUAAUUAUGCA